CUUCUCUUCAGGAUUGGAGGAUUUAGCCUUAACUUUCUUGAACAAUCCUGCCUUUCUAUCUCCCCUUUCCUAACUAGAACGCUUCGCCUCUCUAACGCGUUAAUAUUGCAUUCCGAGGAUUAAAUGACACUGUGAAAGUAGCCGUUUUGUACUUUCAUAAAGCUCUUUGUACUGAACUGAAGCAAAAUUUCCAAUAGUCGCAUUUGUGGAAAUAUCUAGCUACUUCUUUAGUCUAAAUCAAACUUUUUUUUUGCACUUGAGAGCCGAUUAAGAUAACUAUUUUUGCACCAAAGAUUUUUGUAUUAUUAUUUUUUGUUACAACUUGUGAAUAGGCUAAUAUUUAAAUAUAUUUACACUUUUAUAAAUUGAUACCUUUUUUUUGCACAGUUUGAUUUUUGUUUUAAACAAAGUUUAGGUUAUAUUUUCGAUACAUUCCAUCCUAUUCUAUAAUGGCAGGUUUGAAUUCUUUGGACGCAGUUAAACGAAAAAUCCAGACUUUGCAACAACAAGCCGACGAUGCGGAGGACCGAGCCCAGAUUUUACAGAGAGAGUUGGACGGUGAACGGGAACUUCGAGAAAAAGCUGAGGGGGAUGUGGCGGCUCUGAACCGUCGGAUCCAGCUGGUGGAGGAAGAGCUGGACCGGGCCCAGGAGAGGCUGGCCACUGCGCUGCAGAAGCUGGAAGAGGCCGAGAAGGCAGCCGACGAGAGCGAGAGAGGCAUGAAGGUGAUCGAGAACCGGGCGAUGAAGGACGAGGAGAAGAUGGAGAUCCAGGAGAUGCAGCUGAAGGAGGCCAAGCAUAUCGCUGAGGAGGCCGACCGCAAGUAUGAGGAGGUGGCACGUAAGCUGGUCAUCCUGGAGGGGGAGCUGGAGAGAGCUGAGGAGAGGGCAGAAGUGUCAGAGCUCAAAUGCAGUGACUUGGAAGAAGAGUUGAAAAACGUCACCAACAACCUCAAAUCUCUAGAAGCUCAGUCUGAGAAGUACUCAGAAAAAGAGGACAAGUACGAGGAGGAAAUCAAGGUGCUGACCGACAAACUGAAGGAGGCCGAGACCCGUGCAGAAUUCGCGGAGAGGACAGUGGCCAAACUGGAAAAGUCCAUCGACGACCUGGAAGAAAAACUGUCAAGUGCCAAAGAGGAAAACUUGGGAAUGCAUCAAGUCCUGGACCAGACGCUGCAGGAGCUGAACAGCUUAUAAAAGUAAAAAAAAUAAAAAAAAAUAAAAAAUGAAGAGGGAGCAGAAGAAAGUUCUAGCAACAUUCCAUGGAUAUUCAAUCUCAUUCCACAUUUCAGUCUGUAAAAUCUUAUUCCCAGGAAAAAGAGGGGAUUCACUCUUAUGUCUGUAUCUGCAAUGCUUCCUUUCCAAAGCCACUGCUUUCUCUCUGUUGUGUCUCCACUGAAGUGUAGAGUACAUUCCGCCCCCCACACACAUACACCCAGGUCCUUCUAGCAGAUGUUUACAGCAUCGAGUUACCCUGGAAAACCUGCGUUUACAAAGCAGCACAUACUGAGACCCAGGGAUGUGUUUAGCACUGAUGGUGAGAGAGGAGGGCAGCUCUUGGGAAGCAGAAACACUUCAAGCAGCUGUCGCAAGCUUUUUAUAUUGGGGGUCCGUCAGGCUUGGGAAUAUGUUCAACCAGUGGGACCAAAGAAGGACAUUAUUGAAGAAAUAUUUAAAAUCUUUUUUUUUGUGUUACAUACACCUCAUCUGGACCAAAAAUUAAAUAAUUUAUGCUCCACACACAUUUUAGUUUUGUAGACGUGAGAGGUACUUCUCUGUCCUCCCAUUUGUCCGGGGUGUCUUUCUACCCCACUCAUUCAAUGUCUAUGUUCUUAAUGAAACAUUCCUGGUGCUUUAUGUUGGGAAAAAUAUAUAGAUAAGGAACCAAAAAAUACAGCACUGGAAUCCCAAUCGAAUGAAUAAUGGAUGCCAAUUGUAUAUAGUAGAUGGUAGAUUGUCCAGAAUGAAAGCACAUUUACUCCUUCAGAAUUUUACCACUGUUCUGCUGGGGAACUCAAGGCCAAAGCAUUCAGUCUGGAUUGUUAGACCGGGACAAAAACUAUCCAUCUACAAUUGUGUUUUUUUGUGUGUUUAAUAUUCAGGUGAGAAUGCUUCUCUUUUUUGGGCCAUGGAACAAGUGUCUCUCAUUUGUCUCACUGAAUCCUGUAUUGAACUUUCACUUUCCCCAGCUUUCAAUCCAAUAAAUUUUUACAAAAAAAAAGUU